AUGAGAGUUACACUACUGUCUCUAAUGCCACUUUUUACCGCUGCAUCUAUCAUUUCAAAGAAUGACCGUGUUGAUUCAAGGUACAUCGUUGUUAAGGAUGAUACUACCCUGGAGAAGCAAAAUGAAGAACCUGAUAUUUGUAAUAAGGACAAGAUAAUUAUCAAUAGUCUAUCUGACUGGGAGAAGAUACAGACAAGCUGCAAAAUAGUGAAGGGGGCACUAGAAUUCGGUGAGAGAUAUGAUGAAACUGAGCUGGAUCUGGCCCCAAUUCAAAAAGUCGAAGAGGAUCUCACGAUCAUGAAUUGUAAGAAGUUAAGAGUGCUGAAGUCCUCAACAUUAGAGGAAAUAGGUGGCAAGCUCUCCAUUGUCAAUAUCACAUCGCUGGCUUCUGUGGAAUUUCCUUCGCUAAAUAGCAUUGAUAAAGUAGAAAUAAAGGUGUUACCUGUGUUGAGUAAAAUGGAACUGGGGAGUAAUUUGGCGGGCAUUUCGCAAUAUACAGUAUCGGAUACUGCCAUUUCUAACAUGGAUCAGUUGAGGAAUCUUAAAGAUAUUGAAUUUAUCGACAUCAAUAACAAUCGGUUUUUGGACCAGGUCAAUUUUGACAAGAUAAGAAAGAUUAGCCACAAUUGCCGAUUGCAUGGAAACGCAAAGUCAAUGGAACUUAGCUUUCCUGAAUUAGAGAAGGUAGGCAAUAUGUCUGUUAGAGGUGUUUCAACAGUUAAUUUGCCAAAACUGAAAGCUGUAGACAGUUCGUUGGAGUUCCAUGAAAACACAUUCAAAACUUUAGAGGUUCUAAAGUUGCAGAGCAUUGAGGGCUCGUUAGGCAUCGUUGAUAACUCGAAUUUGAGAAAGUUGAAUUUCUCUCAAGUGGCGAACAUCAAUGGGGGGUUGAUUAUAUCAAAUAACACUGAAUUGACAAAACUUCAAGACUUCCCCAAUUUGAAAAGUGUUGGAGGUGGUCUUAGAUUUGAGGGUUGUUUUAAUGACACGUACUUCCCCAGUUUGAAAGUGGUAAGAGGCAGUGCCUUGAUCAAUAGUACAUCAGAAGAUUUUGAUUGCGAAAAAUGGAUCUCAGGAAAAACAAAUAAAAAGUCCAUUAUCCGUGGAGGGAGUGUGGUAUGUAAGUCGAACAAGGGCCAGAAGACCGCCAAAGUGGAUAAUGAUGGGAAAAUGACUGAGAAAAAGGAAAUAUCGACAAACAAGACUGACGAUAUCGACCGGACGCGCAAAUGGGAGGAGUCAACCAAAGAGACUAACAAUUCACAAAUUUCGGGUGCUCAUUCACGUACAUUUGCCAUUGGAACAGUAGUAGCUCUUUUUGGAUUGUCGCUUUUCAUGUCUUUGUGA